GAGGAGACAGGCGGCAGCUCAGGCUGCCAUACAGUUACAUGCUUCACCCAAAAGCCUCCUUGGGCUCGGAGACUGAGCAGCGACCAUGGCCACACUGGUGCCAUCUUCUGUGCCCUGCCACUGGCUCCUCCUGUCCCUGCUGCUUCUCUUCUCAGGUGAGCUGGUACCAGCAGUGACAAGCAGUGACCUGAUACAGAAUUUCCAAGGAAGCUCCUGUUCCCAUAUCCGGCAAUUCCCAAGGUUCAUAGCCAAAAAGCGGACCUCUGUGGUGAAGCUUUACUGCUACACAGACGACCUCAACAACGUGACCUGGUUCCGAGAGCAAGAGAACCAGGGGCCCCAGGAACUGUCCUCAGAAGACGGACACAUCUUGCAGGCACUGAAUGGCUCUGCCCACAUUCUCACCAUUCAAAACAUCCAGUUUGAGGACAACGGCAUUUACUACUGCAAGCCGAAAUGCAGUGACGCCAACUUGAAGGGUGCCUGGACGUGCGGCUCGGAGCUCCUAGUCUUAGGAUUCAGCAACAUAGCCCAGCUGAAGCGGCGAAACACACUCAAAGAUGGCAUCAUCAUGAUCCAGACCUUGCUCAUCAUUGUCUUCAUCAUCGUGCCCAUCUUCUUGCUGCUUGACAAGGAUGACAGCAAAGCUGGGAUGGAGGAAGAUCACACCUACGAGGGCUUGAACAUUGACCAGACAGCCACCUAUGAAGACAUAGUGACUCUUCGAACAGGGGAGGUAAAGUGGUCCGUGGGAGAGCACCCAGGCCAGGAGUGAGGGCCUCACUGUUUCCAGACUGCCUGGCUUACAGUCCAUCCCCUCCUUCCUUGAUCUUCAGCCAGUGUCUGAAGCUGGAGCAUCAAUGUCACCUUUCUCUCUAGCCCCCGGUCCCCAGCUCUUGCUUAAGGGCCUAGGGUAGAAGGACAACAGGGUGGUGACGUGGAAUGGUGGGUUUUCUAUGAAUAGACUGGACUUAAGGCUUCUGGAAAGUGCCAUGCAGG